AGAAUGUCAGACACUCCAGCGACCACCUUUGGGGGCAGGAGAGCAGUUCCGCCCAACAACUCCAAUGCAGCAGAAGUUGACCUCCCAACUGAGGAACUACAGGGCCUGGUGCCCAGGGGUGUCAACCUGCAAGAUUACCUGAAAGUGACAGCUGUUCACCUAUUCAAAGAGAGAUGGGACAGCAACAAGGUAGAUCACCACACGGACAAAUAUGACAACAGCAAGUUGAUUGUCCGUAGAGGUCAGACUUUCUACGUCCAGAUUGACUUCAAUCGUCCAUAUAACCCCGAGCGGGAUCUCUUCAGAGUGGAAUAUGUCAUUGGUCGCUACCCUCAGGAGAACAAGGGCACCUACAUCCCUGUGCCUGUAGUGUCGGAGCUGCAAAGUGGAAAGUGGGGAGCCAAGGUUAUCAUGAAUGAAGACAGGUCUGUGCGGCUUACCAUCCAGUCUUCCCCCAAAUGCAUCGUGGGAAAAUUCCGCAUGUAUGUCGCAGUCUGGACGCCCUAUGGCAUCCUUCGUACCCGCAGAGACCCAGAAACAGACACAUACAUUCUCUUCAAUCCUUGGUGUGAAGAGGAUGCUGUGUAUCUAGACGAUGAGAGAGAGAGAGAGGAGUACGUCCUGAAUGACAUCGGAGUGAUAUUUUAUGGGGACUUCAGUGACAUCAAGAGCAGAAGCUGGAGCUAUGGCCAGUUUGAAGAUGGCAUCCUGGAUGCUUGCUUAUACGUGAUGGACAAAGCCCAGAUGGACCUUUCUGGUAGAGGGAACCCCAUCAAAGUCAGUCGUGUGGGAUCUGCAAUGGUGAAUGCCAAGGAUGAUGAAGGUGUUCUUGUUGGAUCAUGGGACAAUGUCUAUGCCUAUGGCAUCCCUCCAUCAGCCUGGACAGGAAGUGUUGACAUUCUACUAGAAUAUAGGAGCUCUGAAACACCAGUCCGAUAUGGCCAGUGCUGGGUUUUUGCUGGUGUCUUUAACACGUUUUUAAGAUGCCUUGGAAUCCCAGCUCGAGUUGUUACCAAUUACUUCUCAGCCCAUGACAACGAUGCCAAUUUGCAAAUGGAUGUCUUCCUGGAAGAAGAUGGGAGCGUGAGCUCCAAACUCACCAAGGAUUCAGUGUGGAACUAUCACUGCUGGAAUGAGGCUUGGAUGACAAGGCCUGACCUUCCUGUUGGAUUUGGAGGCUGGCAAGCAGUGGACAGUACACCCCAGGAAAACAGUGAUGGCAUGUACCGCUGCGGGCCGGCCUCUGUUCAAGCUGUUAAGCAUGGCCAUGUCUGCUUCCAGUUUGAUGCCCCAUUUGUUUUUGCAGAGGUCAACAGCGAUCUUGUUUACAUUACAGCUAAGAAAAAUGGCACUCACGUGGUAGAAUCUGUAGAUACCACCCAUAUUGGGAAGUUAAUUGUGACCAAACAAAUCGGAGGAGAUGGCAUGCAAGACAUCACUGAUACUUACAAAUUUCAAGAAGGUCAAGAAGAAGAGAGGCUGGCCCUUGAAACUGCCCUGAUGUACGGAGCCAAAAAGGCCCUCAACACUGAAGGUGUUGUCAAACCAAAGAAUGAUGUGGACAUGGACUUUGAGGUGGAAAACGCUGUGCUGGGAAAGGACUUCAAGGUCACCAUCACCUUCCAUAACAAUAGCACCAACUUGUACAACGUCUCGGCCUAUCUUUCGGGCAACAUCACAUUCUACACCGGGGUCUCCAAGGAAGAAUUCAAGAAUGAGGCGUUUGAAAUAUCCCUGGAGCCCUUUUCCUUCAAGAAAAAGGAGGUGCUGGUCAGAGCAGGCGAGUACAUGAGCCACCUUCUGGAACAGGGCCUCCUGCACUUCUUCGUCACAGCACGCAUCAAUGAGACCAGGGAUAUCCUUGCCAAGCAGAAGUCCACAGUGCUGACUAUCCCCAAGGUCACCAUCAAGGUCCGAGGCACUGCUAUGGUUGGCUCUGAUAUGGUUGUGACUGUUGAGUUCACUAAUCCUUUAAAAGAAACGCUGCAAAAUGUGUGGUUUCAUUUGGAUGGUCCUGGGGUGACACUACCCAAGAGAAAGAUGUUCCGUGAAAUCCAUCCCAACGCCACUGUGCAGUGGGAAGAAGUCUGUCGGCCAUGGGUCUCAGGACCUCGAAAGCUGAUUGCCAGCAUGACCAGUGACACCCUGAGACAUGUGUAUGGAGAGCUGGACCUGCAGAUUCAAAGACGACCUUCGAUGUAA